AUGUAUCAACGGUCGGUUAUUCGCUUGGUCGGUCAAUGUUUGCAACGAAGACCGAAUCUGAGAUCUCUGAACAGCUACACACCUUCUCAGACGUCCAGAAUCCAAACAUUAAGAUAUUCUUCCACUGAAGCUAAUGCCGAGAAACACCAGUUCCAAGCCGAAACUAGGAAUCUGCUUGAUAUUGUUGCCAAAUCUUUGUAUUCAGAGCAGGAGGUGGGUGUUAUAUCACUUUCGUGAUCGAUGUUUAGGUGUUUCUUCGAGAAUUAGUCAGUAAUUCGAGCGACGCCCUCGAGAAAAGACGUUUUACCGAGAAUGCGAAUGGAGUUGCGGUCACGGCGGCUGGAGACACGAUCCCCUAUGAAGUCAGAGUAACGACAGAGGGAGGGAAGUUGAUCAUCGAGGACACGGGAUGUGGGAUGGACAAGAACGAGCUGGUCAACACAUUGGGUACUAUUGCAAAAUCUGGGUCCAAAGAAUUCAGGACGAAUGAGCAGAAGUCUGCCGAAUCAAUUAUUGGUUAGUUAUUGUUUUUUGUACGAAUUCUCUACAAUGUUUCUUGUUUUAUAUUGAACUUAUGAUGAUGUUGCUAUAGUUACAAUAAUGUUUAAAACGUAAUUGCAACUGGCUCAUCAAUUUUAGUUUUACAAUUUCUUUUUAUUUUAUUCCUUAGUCUUUUAACUUUUUUUCUACUGUAUAACGUUUGCAAGGUAUUAGAAAUGGAUGUUUUCAGGCCAAUUUGGCGUCGGCUUUUAUUCGGCUCUAAUGGUGGCUGACAAGGUUACUGUAAUCACAAAGAAACAUGACGAUGAUGCUAUUGGCUACAAGUGGAGCUGGUCUGGGGAGUCGUCCUUUGAGAUUACCGAGUAUCCAGAAGCCAAACCAGGAUGCCGAAUUGAGUUGGAGUUGAAAGAUGGUGAUAAGAACCAGUUUGCGUUACCUGAAAGACUGAUUGAAGUCAUCGGAAAGUACUCCUACUUUGUGACAGUACCUAUUUAUGUGAAUGAAGAAAGAGUUAACACAAUGAAUGCUAUCUGGACGAUGGAUGCUAAAGACGUCACUCCAGAAAUGCACGAGACUUUCUUCAGACAACUUGCCAAAACUCAUCAUCAACACCUUAUGCACGACAGACCUCGGUAUACGCUGCAGUAUAAGGUAGUUAUUUAGUGUCAAUUUAUUAAAGUCGCGUUUUUUGAGAUACUACGACUUUGGACAGCACGUUACAGAAGCGUAUAUGUUAGUAAUAUUUUAUAUCACAGGCAGAUGCACCUCUCAAUUUACGAGUAUUACUGUAUAUUCCGUCCCAUAAAGUGAACCAAGUUGAGUUUACUACUGAUUUUGAAGAUUCUGGAGUGUCAUUAUAUGCACGAAAGGUUCUCAUUAAAGCUCAUGCCAAGGAAUUAUUGCCAAGAUAUUUAAGAUUUGUUAUUGGAGUUGUCGAUUCAGAAGAUAUUCCAUUGAAUUUGAGCAGGGAAAUGUUACAAAAAGAUGCCGUUAUCUUGUGAGUUUGGUAGCACUUUAAAUGUCAUUUUUAUUUAUAAAGGUGUAGCAUGUCAUACACUCGAUAAAACCCUAAAUUUGUGAUUGAAUUAAAAACAUAUUUUUGUAAUUUCAGGAAGUUGCGACGGAUUAUAACCGAGCGAGUGAUAAGGUUCUUGACCAAGGAGAUGAAGAAGGACAGGAUAAAGUACACGGAAUUCUACAACGGGUACUCGAUGUUCUUCAAGGAAGGUAUUGUGGUUGAACAGGACUUUGGGGUCAAGGAGCAGAUUGCCCAACUUCUGUUGUUCGAUACCUCCAACUUCAAACAAGGUACCCAGACCAGCUUGGAGGAGUACGUCGAGAGAAUGCAGAAGGAUCAGGAUGCCAUUUACUACUUAUUCAGCCCUUCGUGAGUCUUGUUUUUAAAUAAUUAUAUCUGCCUUGUGUACUUUUUGAUUUAAAAGCGAAACCAAUACUGUUUGCAAAAAUCACCAUUAUGAACAUUUUUGUUUCUUGUUGAUAUUUUAGAUUUAUAAAAAUAUUUUUUCAGACGUCAACUUGCCGAAGGAUCUCCUUAUUAUGAAUCCUUUAAGAAGCAGAACAAAGAAGUACUGUUCUUGCACGAUGCAGCUGAUGAGAUGGUACUGUUGAUGAUGAACGAUUUCAAGGGAAAGAAGAUUGUAUCUGUAGAAGCUUACUUGAAAGAACAAGGGUUACAAACUGAAUCCGAAAAGACAGGUUAGUCGACUAAAUUACAGUAUUUUUUAACUUCUUGGCAGGAUUUUGUCUAGUGUAUUGCAUGAUAAUGAGUUAUAACAAGUUAAUAUACUUAUUUGCUUACUUUUAGAGAUGACAAGAGAUACGGGGAAAAAGGAACUUAUGGACUACAUCAAGGAUUCUCUUGGCUCAAUCAAGGUUUUCGAGGUUCACCCGAUGCAAAGUCCAUCAUCUCAUCCGUUUGUUAUCACGGCCAUUAACCACAGUGCCAUGAGACAUGUUCUACGUAUCAAUAACCCAAAACAGAUGGGUCACCUUAUGGAAGUAAAGCCGGUUUUACAUGUUAACUUUGCCCACCCAGUAAUUAAAGGACUGCCAAAGUUGAAGAGAAAGAACGAGAAGUUGGCCAAAGAGGUUGUUGAACAGGUAGGCGUUAUUGAUAAGUAAAUAAUCUUUAUUGUGAAGUAUAUGUAUAACGUAACUUUUGUUUUUAGUUGAAAUUAUACUUUUUAAUCAUUUAUUUUAGUUUUAAUUAUUUUUUUAUAGGUAUACGACAAUGCAUUGGUGACAGCCGGUCUGAUCGGAGAUACCUCUGAGUUCGUGCCCAGGAUCAACAAGAUUCUUGGAGAUCUGAUGUCCGAAGGCUCUACCUCAACAAUCUUGACGCCAUAA